GCGAGCACCGCCGCCGCUCGUAUUUGUCCGCUCCGCUACUCGUUUUGUAUGUUCGUGCGCGUGUGAACGUGUGAGCACGUGCCCCAGUGGCGUAUUCGUUCCCUCGUCAACAAAACCGCCAAGAUUCGGGUGAAGAAUCGCGAGCCGGUACCGGCGUACGCUAUGGCGGACGCCGACCGAGACUCGGACCUCGGCGACGACAGCCCCGUGUUGGAGGUACUGCAGAUCCAAGUAAAGGAUUACUCCGCGCGGUCCGAAGGGGAGUCGUCCGGGGAGCAGUCUUGCGAGAGCUCCGACGAGGGCGUAGGCCGAGACGCGCCGGCGCAGCACCCACACAACCCGCCGCAUCAGCCGCUGCAGCACUCGCAUCAGCAGCACCAGCCGAUGCAGAGCUUGCAACACAAUUUGAGCCACCACCCAGUACACCAGUCGCUGGGUGGUCACCAAAUGAACCACCACCAGAGAAACUCGCCGAGACCUAUGGAGAGGGAGCUAAAAGUGCGCGACGACUUCGAGUCCCUCAAGUCGUCCCUCCACCCUCACCUGUCGUCCCUGGCCUCCUUGGCCCAGGGGGCGCCGCUCUCAACCCCCAACAGUGUCUUCGCACUAGCCGGAGGGGGCCCCACGGGGGGGUUCCCCUAUGCCCCCCCUGCCUUCCUGGCACCAGCCCCCCCACCGCCAGCUCAGCCCGCCGGUUCAGCAUCUUCUUCAUCAUCGGAGGGAAGCGCAGCUGGAUGGAGUUUCGAAGAACAGUAUAAGCAGGUCCGUCAGUUAUACGAGAUCAGCGACGACCCACAAAGGAAGGAAUUCCUCGACGAUCUGUUCUCGUUCAUGCAAAAGCGAGGAACCCCCAUAAACCGGCUUCCCAUCAUGGCCAAGUCAGUUCUGGACCUGUAUGAGCUGUACAACCUGGUCAUCGCCCGCGGGGGGCUCGUGGAGGUCAUCAACAAGAAGCUGUGGCAGGAGAUCAUCAAGGGUCUGCGACUGCCGAGCUCCAUCACGUCUGCUGCUUUCACAUUGCGAACACAAUACAUGAAGUACUUAUACGACUACGAGUGCGAGAAGAAGAAUCUGUCUACCAGGAGCGAGCUGGACGCAGCCAUAGAGGGCAACAAGAGGGAGGGCAGGCGCGCCUCCGGCCAGUACGACGCGCAGGCCGCAUUAGCCAUGGUCAGCAUACCCCCGCUCAGCCGAGGUGUCCCAGCGUCUCUCGCGCAGCUGUCCCAGCACAUGCAGCCUCUGUCCCUUUCUCUCGGAGGCGGCGUGGGCGGCGUCCCGCGCUUGCCCCCCCUCCCGCCGCACGCGCCUCACAUCUCACAGCACGAUAUCGAGUACCGCGUGAGGGAAUAUAUGAAGAUGAUCCAGCAGCAGAGGGAGCUGAUGAGGAAUGGUUCAGAAUCUCCGCCCGGUUCGAACGGGCCGGCACCUAUAAUGUCGCCCCGCGACGCCGCCGCCCUCAGUGCCAUAGACGUCUCCCGCUUGACUCUCUGGUCUCUCUACAACAAUAACAACAACAGUCCACAGCCUGAGCUGGAGCCUCAACGCGAGGCCCUAAACCUCAGCGAGAGUCCCAACUCCAACAUGAGCGGAGGCAAGCGCGAGGCGUGCCGCUCCCCGCCGCCGCCCGCCAAGCGCCGCACCCCGCGCCCGCCCUCCCCCCGCCCGCCGUCGCCGCGCGCGCCGCCGCCGGUCAACGGCAGCCCGCCGAACGGCGUCAAUGGCGCCGCUUUCAAGAUCACCACUCGAGGUGACGCAAGCACAGGCGACCAGCAGCUCGUGGUGUCCAUAGAACUCAACGGAGUAACAUACGAAGGCGUGCUCUUCCCAUCGCAGAACGGCAAUGGGCAGAACGGACACAGGCAAAUGGUGUCUUAAUUCCAGGACGAUAGAGUCCAAAACCAGUCUUUUCAGUCCCUAUACCCAGGAAAUGUAGAAGUUGGUCACGAAUUGUCCAUGUUUGAAAACCUAAGAGAGGGACAGCGGAUAAGAACUUAUAAUUUGAAAGCCAUUCUAGGAACUUUUAAAUUAAUUCUAGAUAAAGUCCUCCUAACUUCCAAAGCGCACCUGCUCUCUUCAUUUGAACAUAGGCAAUUAUUCGUCGCAAAUUUCUGCAUCCACGGGUUAGGUUUAUAUCUAAAGGCAUAGGUUAUGUAUAUUUUUUGUCAACCACCAAAGGUCGUCGGAUUUAGAGCGCAAUUCGAAAUGGUUGUUUUAGUCAGGCAGCUUUUACAAUCUCAAAAUCUUAACGAUAGUCCUAUAACGGCCUUGAUUAGUAUCUAGAUUGUAAAUGCGCAUUCACAAAGCAUUGCUGGAACAUUUGGGCUGUAUUUUGGCAACUAAUAGCCGUAUGAUUGCAGAAAUAAUAAAUUGUGUUUAGUGUGGAUGCGCCCUUAGAUACUAUGGUUCUUGUCUAUGUUUAGUUCUAGAUAUAAACCCAGCCUAAGUAUCACAAAAUAUUGUUCACAUAAUUUGAUCUCAAAACCUUCGAAGGUAUUUGGGACUGAGAACCGUGACUACAACAUUUCAACUCGAAUUUGAAGUACAAAAUCAUUUGAUCAGCACUUUUCUAAAAUGUGAUUAAGUUUAAAUUUUUACGUUAUAAAAGUGUCAUUUUUGACUCUGUGAUAAGUCCCCAAUAUUAACAAAAUGUUGACAGACUUUUUACUAGUCGUUGAUUUAUAUGACUGUUCGGGGCUUAUCAGCAGGUGUGAAUGCACUUUUAUAUUUUAAUUAAUAUUAUUUUUUUACGUCACUGCCUAUGGAGAAUUAAAUGGGAAAACGCCUAAUUUUUCCCCGAUUCUUCGUCGGAUUUUUUUGUAAAGUAUACUUUUUUAUCGUGUCAUGACAAAUGACGUUGUUGUAAAUAUAGUUUUUAUGUUACGUAUUUAUAAUUUGAUGUCCGCCGAGUGAUAUGAGCAGCGUGUUCGUUCGUAUGUUUUUCUACAUGUGAUUGUAUAUUUCUGUAAAUAAACCAAUCUCGUUUAGAUAUAGAGUUUUUAAACCACAAUCUUAUGUUUGUGAUUAUGUCCUUAGAAGGUGUAUAUUUUAAUUUUCGACUACGUUGUCAGUAUUGUAUUUAGAAGUAGGCGCCUAUUUAUAAUUCGUGUUUAUUUGCAUUUUCUUUAUACGAAUAAAUGAUAUGAGUUCACAAUUAAAUUCUCAGCUUUUAUAUACAAAUCGCUGGAUUCUAUGAAAUGUACACAUAACAAUACAUCACAUGCAUACGGUCCUUGAAAAUAGUACUUAUUUCUCUAGUAAUAAGAGUGACUUCGCGUAGUGCAUCUACACACUUGAUGUAAGUACCGUCAAGUGUACGUUUCUGAAGAAUCGGUGAUCGCUGAUAAGUUUUAAUCAUAUUUUAUAAACAAAUCGAGCCUUAAAAAUUUAAUCUAAAAUGAAAAAUUCGUUUAAAGAAAAUCAGAUCUAUAAUGAAUAGUAAAAUAUCUAUAAAGUAAAAAAAAAAAAAAUAUCGCACGCAACAUUUGUAUCGAUCUGGUUUACCCAAAUUAAUCUCGAAUAUUUUUAUAAGUAACUAAAAUAUGGAAACUUAAGUCUAUGAUAAUUUUCGUACAUGAACCAAAAUAUUAAUUAAAACACAGUAGCACAGUGAAAUUAAUAAUUUGAGGAGGGAACGCCAUUGCAGUAGUUUUUAAGUUAAUAUUUAGUGUAAGUUAAGUCUGUGUUACUGUAUAUUGUUUGAUAUAUGUUUUGGAGAUCGUUUACGUUUUAGACUUACAACAAAUAUCUGGUUGUACACCAAGAACUAAAAGCUAAAGCUAAGCCAAAACUAGCUAACUAAUAAAGAAAGUUAGUUUAUGUAGUUUUCUAGCUAAGCUUACAGUUUACUUGGUCUACAAUCAGUUUUAAUUAUUAAAAUAAUGUUCUGUCCUACUUACUUGGGAAUAUUAGUGUUGUGUUUUCAUAUACUAGUCCUUUGGCCAUAAUAUUUCAUGAUUUCAUCUCAAAAACUUCAAUGUUCAUUGUCACAAACUGAUGAUUAUUAUAAAGAGAUUGUAAUUCUUUGUGCUCAAAAAUUAUAAAGUAAACUUGUCCCAAGGUUUUUAAUAUAUUUUAACGAAAUGCAAUAAAUAAUUAUAAUAUUUCGUGCAAUAAACGAUAUCCAAAAUAGGGAAGAUCACGGAAAAUAAAAAAAAAUCUGGUUCUAUUAUUGUUGUAAAAUAAAGGAUGCUUUGUAAAUGACUGAUUUAAUGUUUUAUAACUAGUUAAAUUAAUGUAUUUAAUUUUAAAAUAUUACUUGUAAAAUAAAUUCUUAAAGCAUUGCCGCUAAGUAGAGUAGCCGUAGUGAAUAGUACAUUCCUGAAGAUGUACAAUAAUGUAAGCAAUGGACUGGCCUACAACGAGGCCAGAUGUAGUACGCAUUAGCGAAUUUCAUAUUACACCAAAAAUUUUUGAUGUAUUCAAAUAAUUAUACAUGAAUAAACAAUUAUGUAUUACGGAAA